GAAGCGCCUCACACGCGUGCUGCAGGUGCCCGGGGUGCCGCUGCGCUCCGACCCUCCGAGAAACAGCAUGAGUCAAUGGAAACAGAUCCAGCAGUUAGAUGUGAAGUUCUUGGAGCAGGUGGACUACUUCUAUGAUGACAACUUUCCCAUGGAGGUCCGGCAGGUUCUGGCCGCCUGGAUCGAGAGCCAGGACUGGGAUACAGCUGCUAACCACGAGUCCAUGGCCACUGUCCUCUUCAGCAACCUCCUGACACAGCUGGAGAGGCAGUGCUCCCAGGAGCAGAACUUUCUGCAGAGACACAACCUCAAGAGAAUCAACCAGCAGCUACAGGCGAAAUACAAAGCCAGCCCCCUGCACAUGGCCAGCGUCAUCUCCAACUGCCUGAGAGAGGAGAGACGGAUCAUUGCCACCGCCAGCGUGCAGGAGCAGGGACCUCUGGAGAAGUCCAUGCAGAACUCGGCUGCCUUUGAGAGGCAGAAGAACAUGGACAACAGAGUGGCAGUGAUCAGGAGCAGUGUGCAGAUGAUGGAUCAGGCAGUGAAAUACCUAGAGGACAUGCAGGAUGACUUUGACUUUCGCUUCAAAACACUUCAGUCUCGAGAUCCAGCAGAGAGAAACACUCAGUAUGUGAAACAUGAAGUUGCUUCUCUUCAGGAAAUGCUCAACCGACUCGACUACAAGAGGAAGGAGAUCCUGUCUAAGAUGGCGGACGUGAUUAAGGAGAUCGACUCGCUGAUGUCAUCACAGCUGAACCCAGAGCUCAUGGACUGGAAGCGGCGGCAGCAGAUCGCUUGCAUCGGGGGCCCCCUGCUGACCGGCCUGGAGCAGCUGCAGAACUGGUUCACACUCACAGCGCAGAGCUUGUUCCAGAUGAAGAGGCAGCUGGAUAAGCUGGGAGAGCUGAUCCUGAAGGUGACGUACGAUGGAGACCCCAUCACUCAGCAAAAGCCUCAGAUGGAGGAGCAGGUCAAAUACCUUAUUUACCACCUCAUCAAAAGCUCUUUCGUGGUGGAGAAACAGCCCUGUAUGCCCACCCACCCUCAGAAGCCCCUCAUUAUCAAAACACAGGUGCAGUUUACCACCAAGGUCAGAUUGUUAGUGAAACUACCAGAAGUGGAUUAUCAACUGAAGGUGAAGACUACAUUUGACAAGGACCUCCCCCCUGGUAGAGUGAAUCGACAGUUCUUCAUAUUGACCAACAAUACCAAGGUGAUGGAUGUGGAGGAGUCUUCCAAUGGUUGCCUCUCUGUGGAGUUUAGACAUCUGCAGCUGAAGGAAAGGAAAUAUAUAAACGGAACGAAGGGGAAUGAGGGUCCCCUCACCGUGACAGAGGAGCUCCACUCCCUUGGUUUUGAGGCACAGUUCUGUAUGCAGGGUCUGAACAUUGACCUGGAGACCUGCUCCCUGCCUCUGGUGGUCAUCUCCAAUGUGAGCCAGCUUCCAGGAGGCUGGGCAUCAGUCAUGUGGUAUAACCUGCUGACCGAUGAGCCCAGGAACCUGGCCUUCUUCAGCAGCCCGCCGCGGGCCGGCUGGAGCCAGCUGUCUGAGGUGCUCAGCUGGCAGUUCUCCACCUUCGCUGGGCGCGGUCUCACCAAGGAGCAACUGAGCAUGCUCGGGGACAAACUGCUGGGUCAGCAGGCCUCCCACAGCGACUGCCAAGUUUCUUGGUCAAAGUUUUGCAAGGAGAACAUCCCCGGGAAGCAGUUCAGCUUCUGGAUGUGGCUCGACUCCAUCCUGGAGCUCAUCAAGAAGCACCUGCUGCCCAUCUGGAUUGACGGGUACAUCAUGGGGUUUGUGAGUAAGGAGACAGAGAGAGCCCUGCUGAAGGAGAAGGAGCCGGGAACAUUCCUGCUCCGCUUCAGUGAGAGUCACCUGGGAGGAAUCACCUUCACCUGGGUGGAGCAGGCCGAGAACGGGGAACCGAAGUUCAAUUCAGUGGAGCCGUACACCAAAAACCGCCUCAGCGCGCUGCCUUUCGCUGAUAUUAUCCGUGACUACAAGGUGAUCGCUGACGGGAUAGUGCCAGAGAAUCCACUGAAGUUCCUCUAUCCAGACAUCCCGAAAGACGAAGCUUUUGGGAAACAUUACAACAGUCAGCAGAGCAAAGCGUUUCCCUACAUCCCCUCUGUCUUGAUUCCGAUCUCUACUUUCCCCAUCGCCACCCCGCCCCCCUCCUCAUCCCCAGAGCCCCCCAUGACUCCUGGGAUGUUCGACAUGCUCAACCAGCACCUGAGCCCUUUUGAGAUCGAGACAGCCAUGAGUUCACCAUACUCGGAAUAGAAAGCUCAGCUAUUCACUACAUGUGAUAUGAGCCAGCAAGUCAGACCACACGCCCGAUUUUGGCUUUGUAUGAAUACAGACCAUCGCUAAAGACACCCCUAUUUUGGUGGGAUGUCUGAUAAAAUACAAUUACAUGCUGUAAAAAUAAUGUAGGUUUGUUGUCAGAUCUAUGUGUGAGUUGGAUAUUCAUAUUCUAAUUCAAAUUAUUCUUAUUUUUGUUUCCAUAAGUUUAUCAGCCGUUUUUGCUCCUUGUAGACCAGUGACAAACAUAUUAACCUUUAAAUGGUUUAUGGUUUUAGGGUUAAGACUACUUGAUUAAUGUUUAUGUAUUUUUAGAAUUGUAGAAUAUAUUUUUCAGGGUAAUAGGAGGGAAAGACGCAACGCAAAGAGCGACCAAAAUACAGCCUUAUGUGUGAGGCCAGGAUAUUCCAAAAACACCUGCUUUCAGAAUGGAGCUCAAAAGCUUCUGGUUUCACUGAAACUGAUAAUUACCUUUAGUCAAAAGGAUAUAUUCAAUACAAGACAAUGUUAAUAUUUUCAGUGUAAAGUAACAGUAAGAUCCAGGCAUCAGUUUAUAUAAUACACCCUAUAUAAUAUAAUACACCC